ACUAACGUUGACUCAGCAUUUAAAUUAUUAAAGCUUUUACUCGAGCGUUGUAUCGGCUCGUUGCCUGGAGACGUUGCUACAGAAACUUCGUCCUGAAGCAUCAGCACGCGCCGACUCGGAACAUUCUAGAAUAUCGCAGUAGGAUGUCUACACUCCUUGCAAAGCCCAGCCUGCGCCACAGUGUGUCAGAGUGGAACAGCAACAACCAGCAACUGUCUGCCACAGCGGAGCAUGAGCGGUAUGUUUCCAAUGUGAUCCGGCAGGAAGGGAGGUCACUACGCAACGAAACCAACUGUAAGACAACCUGUGAUGACACCGAUACCUCUCGCAGGCUGAGUGACAGGGCGUGGAAUGUUGCCCGGUGGAAGGAAACACUGGAAACCUGCGCACAGAAAGUGGAUGAAGAGAUGGAUGCUCUGACCCUGUGUAAGGAGCAGACGGAGCAGGCGCUGGCUGCGACCUCCGUCCCCCUGGAGGUCAGCAGUGAGUGCCUGACGCUGAGGGACAGCCGGCGAGGGUUCGAGCUCGCCCAUGACCCAGUGGACGUACAGCUGAAAAAGGAAGUGGAGCUGAUUGAAAGAGUGCAGCAAGUUCUGCAGCAGCACAUAGAAAAGGCCUUCGAGCACCUGUGUGUUUUGCAGGAGAAUCGCCACCAGCUGACUGGUGAUAUCCAGAACAAGAUGGACGCCCUGGACAUUGAUAUGUCCUGCCUGUCACUUACUAUAAAGUCUCCUCAGAUCUCCUUGAAAACCAACCCAAUUCGCAUACCACCAGGUUCCUCCACCCCCCAGGAAUGGCUCCAGUUCAGCCAGUAUAAUGUGGCCUGUGCUCAGGAGGCCAUGCAGGUAUCCCAGCAAAUGAGGGAGGACAUGAGUCUCACCAGAGCCCAGGUGUAGAAUGAGUU